AUGUCUUCCAAUUCGUUCUCCCUCAAACGAACCCAGACGGACCUCCCUUCCCAUGCCCCCGGUCCGGCCCGACAUGGCUCCGAUGCUUCUACUUCCUCGUCCAUCUAUUCCCUGUCGUCCAAUUCGUUCGUCCCGAGUCGCACAAGUACCGUUUCCUCCAGUGCUUCGAUAGGUUCGCAUCCUAGCAUUGGUCAUCGACGAGGAAAGAGUGAGGUCAAUAACACUGUGGCCACCGGGACCAUGACGGCUAGUGAUGGUUCGUACAAGGCCAGUCGAGCCAAUGCCGGAGCCACAUACGAGAACAUCCGUCGUUCGUUGCGACCAUUGCCCCAGGUGCCCAAUGUCUCAGCUGUCCCAAAGAAGGAUAAUGUACCGCGACAUGCGCGGAGUUAUACUGUCGACGAUACAAAGUAUUGGAAGGAGAACCGGCCCGCGGCCCCAGAUUGCGGUGACAUCAAUCGCCAGGAAAACGUGCCUCCCGAGGGAAAGGAGCUUCUUGCUCCUCAACCACCUCCACAUGGAGACUCAUCACGUCCCUGGUCCCCUCAAGCCCUCGUGCCGCAUAACCGACCGCCUCAUUUGAAACCGCACCAUGGGCACAGCCUAUCGAACCCGGCCCCGAUCACAACCACCUUGACUGCGCCAGACCUCGAGACCUUUCAAAAAUCAUCCACUGGCCAUCUACGGACGCUUUCCAAGUUCGCAAAAACCGGGGAAAGCGAGGAGUUGGCGCUCGGGAGCUCCACAGCAUCAGUGGUUGGCUUGCAUGGGAGGCGACGCUUAAAGCGCGCUGAUUCCGUUGCACCAACAUCCAGCGCACUUGCAGCCCGCAAAAAGAAUACAUCAGCAUGGACCGCUGGUAAUUGGAUGGACAAGCAACGGCAGUUUCUUCAGGCGUACGAGUACCUGUGCCAUAUUGGAGAAGCUAAAGAGUGGAUCGAAGAGGUUAUUCAAAAGCAGAUCCCGCCCAUUGUCCAGCUGGAAGAAGCCCUGCGGGAUGGUGUCACGCUGGCGGAAAUCGUCCAAGCGAUGUACCCCAAUCGGUCACUGCGAAUCUUUAGACACCCGAGGUUGCAGUAUCGUCAUUCAGAUAACAUCGCGCUAUUUUUCCGUCUCCUGGAUGAGAUUGAAUUGCCAGAGCUGUUCCGAUUUGAGCUUAUCGACCUCUAUGAGAAGAAGAAUAUUCCCAAGGUCAUCCACUGCAUCCAUGCGCUAUCAUGGCUACUGUUCAAGAAUGGUAUGCUCGACUUUCGUAUGGACAACCUUGUCGGUCAACUUGAGUUCGAGCACCACGAACUGGAGCAAACACAGAAGGGUCUCGACAAAUCAGGCGUCAGCAUGCCUAGUUUCGCGGGCAUAGCUGGAAACUUUGGUGUAGAACCCGAACCUAAACCGGAGCCCGAGGAAUCGGAAGAGGAGCGGAUCCAGCGGGAACUGGGUGAGAAUGAGACCGCAAUCAGUGACUUCCAAGCCCAGAUUCGAGGCGCAAUGUGUCGACUGAUGCUCGGCAACGUGAUGAAUGACUUGUGGGAUUUCGAGCCCUUGCUCGUCGAUCUGCAGGCGAGAUUGCGUGGUGACUGGGCCCGACAGAUUGCUCACUACAGACUUGAUAUGCGAAAAUUCGCCAUCAGUUUGCAGGCAGUCUGCCGAGGAUUUCUUGUUCGCUCUCAGCAACAGGAUGACAAGGGUCUCUGGGAGGCCAAGGAACAAGAUAUCCUGCAGUUGCAGUCUCUCAUACGCGCAGCCAAGGCACGAGCUGAGGUGAAACACAUUCAGACCAGCAUGCAAAAGGCAGCCCCAGGCAUUAAACAGAUUCAGGCGGCGCUGAGGGGAGCUCUUCAGCGCAAGUACGUUUGCGACAUUUACGAUGACACUCGAGACGAGGAACCGAACGUCACGCUGUUGCAGGCUGCUAUUCGCGGAGCAUUGUUACGAAACCACGUUUCCAACGAGUAUGAAGCUACGCGAGCUGCCGAGAAAGAUAUCACCGCGUUGCAGGCCAUCAUCAGAGGUGCCUUGCACCGAAACCACGUCUCGAUCGAGUACGAAGCCCUUCGUGAGGCGGAAAGUCAAGUUAUGUCGCUGCAAGCUAUCAUUCGAGGUGUCCAGCAGCGUAAACAGGUCGGUGCUCAGCACGCUGCGAUCGAGAGUUCCCAAGAGGAUGCCGUUCCGCUCCAGGCGGUUAUUCGAGGAAUGUUGAUUCGUGGAUCCGUGGCGCACACCAAGGCCCAACUCGACCAAGAAAUCCCCUCUAUCGUCUCCAUCCAGGCCAGCGCACGAGCUCUCGCUGUUAGAAACCACAAGUCUCAGCUGGCAAAGGCGCUCCAAAAGACAGAAGAGCAAUGCGUCGCUCUGCAGGCUAUGGUACGCGGUGCCGCUACCAGAGAGAACCUUGACUCUCUUCGGGAUGCCUUGGCACAGCAUACCACUUCUGUUGUCGAGCUUCAGAGUUUCUCUCGGGCCGUCGCCGUCAGGCAGUUCUUGGAUUCUCAACGAGAAGCCUUGAAGGCAGAGAAUGAGCCCAUUUUGGAGCUUCAAUCAUUCAUCCGAGGGGCUCUGCUUCGGAAGCGACUGGAGGAUGAUGCAGACGAACUUCGCGAGGAGGAGCACAUGAUUGUGAAUCUCCAGGCUCUCUCUCGGGCGGCUCUCCUGAGAAUCGAAGUUGGCGGGAUCCUCGAGCAGCUUGAAGACUCUGAGCAUGAGAUCAUCAACCUGCAGGCACUGACAAGAGCCAUGUUGGUACGCCUGGAAGUUGGUCAGAUGUUAUCAGAUCUUGAGGCCGAUGAGGAUAUUAUUACCGACAUGCAAGCACGCCUGCGGGGUCACAUUGUCCGGUUACGAUUCGAAGAAAAGCGUCGCUAUUACCGGGCGAAUAUGGAGAAAGUCGUUAAAGCGCAGAGCGUUGUACGAGGACGUAUUCAGGGCCAAGCGUACAAGAGCCUUACCAGCGGAAAGAAUCCUCCUGUUGGGACGGUGAAGGGCUUUGUCCACCUUUUGAACGACAGCGACUUCGAUUUUGACGAGGAAAUUGAGUUUGAGCGGCUGCGAAAGGUGGUCGUGCAACAGGUUCGGCAGAACGAACUUGCCGAACAGUACAUCAGUCAACUCGACAUCAAGAUCGCCCUACUGGUGAAGAACAAGAUCACACUGGAUGAAGUCGUCAAGCACCAGAAGCACUUCGGAGGCCACAUCGGAAGCCUGCUGCCGAACACGGAGAUUUCGUCAACCGACCCGUUCGAUCUCAAGGCCUUGAACAAAGCCUCGAGAAAGAAGCUUGAGCACUACCAGGUGCUUUUCUUCCUUCUUCAGACCCAAUCACAAUAUCUCGCGCGCCUGUUCCGACGGCUGCGUGAGGUGAACACACCGGAGAAGGAAUAUGAGAGAAUAAGGCAUUUGAUGAUGGGACUGUUUGGUUACUCCCAAAAGAGACGCGAGGAAUACUAUCUCGUCAAGCUACUUGCCCGAUCGGCUCGUGAAGAAAUCGAGAGCUUCGGCUCGCUCCAUGAAUACUUGCGCUGCAACUCUUUCUGGAACAAGCUUUUCGCCUCCUACAUGAAGUCGCCCCGUGACCGAAAAUUCCUGCGCGAGGUCCUUGGUUCAGUGGUGAGGGAGCAUAUCGUCGAGAACCAAACCUUAGAUCUGGAAAGCGACCCGAUCCAGAUCUACCGCUCGUCCAUCAACAAUGAAGAGCUCCAAACCGGCCGGAGGAGCCGCCGUCGACCAGAUAUUCCUCGUGAGGAAGCGAUUAGGGAUCCAGAGACCCGGGCUACGUUCAUUCAACACCUUCAGGACCUUCGUGACAUCGCCGACCAGUUCUUUGCCCACUUUGAAGAGGUCCUGUACCGUAUGCCAUUUGGUGUCCGCUAUAUCGCGAAGGAGAUGUACGAAAGUCUCCUGUCCCGGUUUUCUAGCGAGGACCCCGGGUUCAUUCUCCAGGCGGUUGGGUACUGGGUGUGGAAGAACUAUUUCCAGCCUGCGGUGCUCGAACCAGAACGUUAUGGAGUGAUUGACCGGGGAAUGACCCAGGAGCAGAAGCGGAAUCUGUCCGAAAUCGCAAAGGUUGUUGCGCAGGUGGCCUCUGGAAGGCUUUUCGGAGCAGAGAACGUCUAUCUCCAGCCUUUGAACAGCUACAUUGGAGAUUCGAUUCAACGCCUAGGCCUCAUUUGGGGCGAUGUGAUAUCCGUGCAAGAUGCAGAGUCAUACUUUGACAUUGAUGAAUUCAACGACCUUUACGCCAAGACGAAGCCUACAUUGUACAUCAAGAUGUCCGAUAUUUUCUCAAUCCACCAGCUUGUGGCUUCAGAGGUUAACCACAUCUGCUCGAACCCUGAUGAUAUCCUCAAAGAAGUCGUCCGUGAACUUGGAAAUGUCAAGACCAAUGAGAAUGAGCUGAUGAGCGUCAAUUCGUCUGAAAUCAACCUGACCUUGGUGCCAAAACUUGCGCAGAUCGAAGACCCCGAAGGGGAUGUCAAGGCUCUGUUCAUGGAAACAAAGCGAUGCAUCCUCUACAUCAUUCGUGUCCAGACAGGUGCCAAUCUGAUGGAUAUCAUGGUCAAGCAGCCCACCGUGGAGGAUGAGGAACGAUGGAUGACGUUGGUUCGCGACGAACUGAGCACUCAUAAUACUCCCCGGAGCCCAUAUGCCGAGGCCAACUCUUUGGUUGAUAUCGGAUCAAUGACUUACUCGGAACUCAAAGGCACCGCCCUGGAGAACAUCCUCCGGCUUGAACGAACCGGCAAGAUCCGACGUGACAACCACUACCAGGACCUUCUCAAUGCUAUCGCCAUCGAUAUCCGAACGAAGCACCGUCGGAGAAUCCAAAGAGAGCGUGAAAUCGAAAGCGCUCGCCUCACGACAGCCCGUCUCAAUGACCAGGCCCAUUGGCUGGACCAGCAGCUCAAGACAUACAACGACUACAUUGAGCAGGCGAUGAUCACGUUACAGAACAAGAAGGGCAAGAGGCGCUUCUUGAUGCCAUUCACCAAGCAGUGGGAUCACCAGCGCGAGCUUCAGAAGUCUGGCAAGGUGUUCAAGUUCGGAUCCUACAAGUACUCCGCCCGCAACCUGGCAGACAGGGGCGUGCUGGUGCACUGGAAGGGCUACACCGAGCGACAGUGGGAUCGUGUUGACCUCACCAUCUCGAGUAACGAAGUUGGUGUGUUCACUAUCGACGGUAGCAGCGGCCCCAUGAUGGUUCCUGGAGCGAACGCGCAGGUGCCGUUGGAUGACUUGCUGCAAGCACAGUUCAACAACAUGCAGUUCCUGGACUUCUUCGAUGGGCAUCUACGUGUCAACGUCAAUCUCUUCUUGCAUUUGAUCAUGAGAAAGUUCUAUAACGAGUAA